CGUCAGCUGUGAUAGGGGAGCAUAGCGAUGUCGAUCUUUGGUGGGGGUUGUGUCAGUUCGAUGAUGCAGUUCAUUGUUCUCAGAAAUAAAUGAUUUAUAUCGCCAGAAUUUUGAAAACUGUUUUAGGUCAUUCAGCGCUUGAAGUUUGACAUUUUUAUGUGAUAUUUUUAAUGAGGGUAAACGAGAGUUAUUAAUUUGCCAUGCUCGGCGAGUGACUUUCUAGAUAUCAUAGAGGAACGCCAGGAGUUUCAUCACAACAACCACGCAGUACUUUAGGUGAUUGGUGGGAUGAUACCUCAUGCAGGACCAUGUUGACACCUCUCCACCCAUUGUACUGUGUGGAAAUGGAGUUCAAACUGCAACAUGGAUAGCCUGCAAGUGUCCCAGAGCCAGCCACAGCCACACUCCCAGCAGGGGGGCAGGGCGACGACCACCAGCAGCCGGAGUGCGUCGCCCUCUUUAGCCCGGGUCCUGCAGCAGCAACAUGCAUCCAUUGGCAGUGACAGUAGCAGAGAUGUGACAAUGAGCAGCUCAAUUAAAGGCAGGCGCCGCUCGCCAGUGGCUGUGAGUGGUACUGGCAGUGGAAGCACUCGCCGCGGAGGUUCUGAUGGGGGUAUGCCUGCUGCUGCAGCUGCUGUGGGUGCAAGCACCAGCCCACAACCUUUUGCAGUUACAUCUGAUGAUACGUCAGCUGCCCUGACACCAUCUCAUCACCAUGAUGAGGAGAUGGAGCUGUACCAUCCCUCUACAUCAAUGUUAUCCAAUGGUUCAUCAGAACAUGUAACAGCAGCACUGUCAGGUGAUGAAGUUGAUGGGCAUAGUAUGUCUGAUCUCUCAAGAACAAGAGCUGCCAUUGAACACAUGCAGUCCAAGAUUGGUCGGACAAAGGAAAUGAUUCGUGAUGAACAAACAACGCGAGAUGACAAUGUAAAUGAAUAUUUGAAACUAGCUGCCAAUGCUGAUAAGCACCAGCUACCAAGAAUCAAGGCAGUCUUUGAGAAGAAGAAUCAGAAAUCAGCUCAGUCCAUUUCACAACUGCAGAAAAAGUUGGAAAGUUAUAAUAAAAGGCUUCGAGAACUAGAGACGCAUGGUCUUUCCAGCUCUCAUAGGCAGCCACGGGAGGUGCUGCGUGACAUGGGGCAGGGACUGAAAAAUGUUGGUGGCAACAUUCGUGAUGGUAUCACAGGGUUUUCAGGAACUGUAAUGUCGAAACCAAGAGAAUUUGCACAUCUUAUUAAAAACAAAUUUGGAAGUGCGGAUAAUAUUAACCAGCUAGCUCGAAAUGGUGACGGGAGCUCAGUGGAGGAUGAGAAAGCACACCAUGGGAGUGCAACUCUACCUGGUGGAUGCAGUUUAACAUCCACACAUGCCUCAUCGUUGCGCUUUCCUUCAGAUGAAAAUUCAGAGUGCAGCUCUGUGACCAGUGAGAGCUUACCUGCAGGAGGUGGCCACCAGUUGCCACAGUCUCCUCCUCCCCAUCAGCCUGCAGCGCACCACACUCCGCAGGUUUCAUAUUCUAAUCUGGAAUCUAUCCUACAAGAGCUACAUGAGCGUGGCGAAGACUGUGAGCGGCUUCGUGAAGAGCUGGAAACAUUGAAGCAGUCACUGCAGCAGGAGGUGAGUUUCCUGAGCCAGGCAUUGACAGAGGAACGCUUCCGCAGUGAGCGUCUGGAGGAGCAAGUCAACGACCUCACUGAGCUGCACCAGAAUGAAGUGGAGAACCUGAAACAGGCACUGGCUGACAUGGAGGAGAAGGUGCAAUACCAGAGUGAAGAACGACUCCGUGACAUCCACGACAUGCUAGACAGCUGCCAAACAAAGAUCUCAAAGAUGGAACACCAGCAGCAACAGCAACAGCAAUAUGUGACACUCGAAGGACUGGACAACUCAAAUGCUCGGGCACUUGCAGUGAAGCUUAUCAAUGUACUGCUGACUGUCUUGCAGGUCAUUCUCCUUCUGGUUGCAACAGCUGCUGGCAUUGUCAUGCCAUUCUUGCGCACACGUUUACGCAUCCUGACAACAAUUAUUUUAGUUGGUGGAGUGGUGUUCGUACUGAAGCAGUGGCCAGAACUAAGGGAUGUCGGUAGCCAUCUGAUACGUCACUGGAAAGAAGCUUUGUCUGUGAAAUAGGAGAUUUAAAACUAGCAGCACCUCACUUGCUGCUUUUCGCCCUCACUGGUGCUACGAUGGAGGAUUGUCAAUGUUUGCAUCUGGACAGUCAGAGGAAUAGUACUGCAUUGCAUCACACUAUGCUUGCUUAGUUUGAAGAGUCUGACUGUUUGUGUGAUUGAGUGUACAUACUAUAUUUUUGUGUAUCAUUAUGUAAAGAUAUGCACAUUUCUAAGAAUUUUUAAUUAUUCUUUCGUGUGUGUGUGUGUGUGUGUGUGUGUGUGUGUGUGUGUGUGUGUGUGUGUAAGAGAGAGAGAGAACCAUUGAAAUUGAUCUCCUGUAAUUUUCUAUAGUAUUUGCAGUGGAAGCUGAAUUGUUUUCAUGUGGUCACUUGGCAGUCUGCAAAAGUGAACAUUCAGAUAAAUGAAGAGUAUUAAAAGCUGUCUUUCAGUUUAAAGCAAUGUGAUAAAUAAUACAAUGGCUUUCUCUGUAUAAUUGAAUCUCGUUAAAUAAGUUUAACAUUUUAUGCAGUAAAUAUUACACAAAGCACAUUCUGUUGCUAUUUCUACACCUUCAGUGAAUGAAGUUUUAAAAGCUUAAAAGGUAUUUAAGUAGCCAAACCAGAUUGAUUGUAAAACGUGUUCAAUUAUUUAAAUAUUUAUCUGUGUAUUUUUUAUUUAGUAAUUAUACUCUACUUAGAAAAUAUAUGAUUCAUGGUGUGUGUGUGUGUGUGUGUGUGUGUGUGUGUGUGAGAGAGAGAGAGAGAGAGAGAGAGAGAGAGAGAGAGAGUUGUGUGUGUUUGGUGUGUUAGAAUAUUUUAGAACUGUAUUGCACAUACUAUUUAAAUGUCUGUCUUAAAUUUGGUGGAACCCUACUGCCCCACCUCUCCAGCUCGCUUGGGCCUCUGUAGGCAUUUGGAAUUGCUUCAGUAGCAUCACUGGCUGUGAAUUUUCUGUGACUUGUGUUUUAGUGGCCCUUGCACAUAACUAGUUUGGAAGACAUAUGAGAUAUCUUUAUCAUGGCAUAAAGUGUUAAGUGUUUAAUAUAUUAUACUCCCUGUUUGCUUUGUUGUGUAAAGGAAUAGUUGUCUAUCAAACAUGUGCUAUUCUCAGAUUUUCAGACUUUAUCCAACAAUGUAUUUUUGUUAAGAUAUUGGUACUUGUAACAUCAACUGGCUGACUUCAAUUUUUGUGUUUCUUUUGUAAUAGUGUUGAGAGAUUCUGUUACUUCUGAGUUACGGAUAAAAGAAUGAAUCAUUGCCAGUAAGUGCUUGAAAAUUCUGGAAGUGAUACACUAUAAUUCAAACAUAAAUAUGUUUUCAUUGAAGUGGAAUCAGGAUACAGCUUUUGUCAGCACAUUAAGAGAGAAAUUUUUUAAUUUGGGAAACUGAUCCAUCUCUUUCUGUUAAAUUAAGAAAAGGAAGGAAAAAUGUGCAAAAUGAAAAAUGACUGCAUUAGCAUCAUGCCAAACUAUUUUCCUUUCUUAUUUCUCCUUAUUAGCUGAGAUUUUUAAAGUAUGCUAUACACGUCCAUGUUAUGAUUUUAGUUUUUUAUGAUUUCCAAUAUUUUGUAAAAGUCAAUGUUUGUUAAUCUUUAAAUAAUUUCUUGUUUUAUGGGUCCUGUUGCUCACAAAUAAACCGUUAUUUGUAUUAUUUGUCUGGCUAGGCAUUUCUUAUGCUUCUUUAAAAAGGCACUGUUUUCAUUUAUCCAUUCGGAAAAUUGUUAAGGAUUAAUAAAGAUCAUUACAGUGCAGGUAGUUAACAAACAAUAUGGUAUACCUAACUAAAUAAGUCUAUAGAUUUUCUGAUCUUAGAGGUGAUCAAACUUGGAAAGAUAUGACAGUAUUAUUUUGUUCAUCUCAGUUUCCAUUGAAACAUGUAUGGUUUACAUAAAGUGUAUUUUGUAUUGUAGUAAUUUAGAUGCACAUAUUAAUGAAACUGUAUGUCCCCACUUUAUUUAAAAGUAUUUAACCAUGUAUAUCAACAUUAUACAUUUCUACCAAAGAAUAAGUCAUGAAAGCAAGUUGCUCAAAAAAGUUUUAGACUAACGCACAUUUUAAACUUUUUAUUAAGGGUAGAAUACAGGCAUUUUAAUACCCUUACUCCAUGGAGCUUGGUGCUGAAUAAACAGACAAAUCACAGAUGCCUCAUAAAAUAUACCGGUUUGAUUGACUACGCUGUCUGUUGGCACGGUGAGGAGCAACUCUCGCUCUGGUAUCUUCAACAAAUUUCCAUGAAAUUGUUUUCUGUGAAUUAAGUUGUAGUGUUGAGUUGUUUAGCUGGUGUACGGGCAGUAGCAAAGCAGGAAUUGUACUUUUAUGCCACGAAUAAAUCAAGAAUAACAUGUAAAUUAUGUGGAUGAUGGAGAAGAGAUCUCCUAAGUAUGGAUUGAUUUUUAGGUUUGUAGUCUUUAAGACCAAUUACCUGUCUUUAGCACAUCCAGUAUUUUUCAUAACAUUGAGAAGUUGCUUCAGAAAUACUCAGCUAAUAAAUUUGCUUAGAUUGUAUUGACAAAAACAGUAUCAAGUUUGCUUCGGAAAGAUGCAGAGAGAAGUGUAGCUGUAUGACUUAAAAGCAUAAAGCAAGAUAAAAAUAUAUUAAUGGCUUUGGAACUCCAAGGCAUACAUUGAAUUCUAAAUGGAAAAAUUGAAUGAAGAGACCUAAUCUUGAUUCAUUAAUAUAAAUUAACAACAUAACUGCAUUAGUCUCUCACAGGCAGUCUGCCAGAACUAAACUGAAAGAGGAAAAAAGGUACAUGAAUAAUAAUUUAUGUAAAUGCAGUGCAAAUACAUGCAUUGUGUGACUAUUCAGUUAUCACUGAUAUAAAUAUUUUAUCCGUCUGUUUCAUAAUGUUUCAGGAUUUUGAUACUGUAUUUAAAAUGUAUAUAUUUGGCUAGCAAGUGUUGCUCAUCACAUUUUAUGAAAUUGUGUGUUGGCAGGUGGGGAAAAUAAAGAGUUCCUCUUAUCAGUCUGAUUUCUUACAUAUGAUAGAACGAAAUAACAAGGCCAUUUACCACCCCUCCCUUCCCCUGUUUUUUUAUUUAUUUAUUUAUUUAUUUUUUUUUUUAUUAAAGUUUGUCUGUGUUUGUACAAGUACACUGUAGUUCGGCACACUACUAACCUUUGUCCAAUUUCAGAACAUAUUUCAGUAACAAUUUUAUGUCACCAACCACAUUUGGUUGGUUUUAUUAACUGAAAAGUUUAGAUAUUAGCUUGAAUAACCAGUAUAUUUUUCAAAUCUUUAAUUUUGUGGUCUUUCUGCUAUCACAGCCUCUCAAAUUAUUUUAGAAAGUUUCAGAAAUAUUUGAUACUGUGAGUGUGUUGGGGAAAACUAAAUGAUUUAUUGCAGCUUAGUUUUCAGAAGAAAAGAUAAAAGUAGUAAUAUAGGUUCCAGAUUGGGGUAAUUGAUUCAAACAGAUAAUUAAAAUUUCAGUGUGAGUAUUUUGUUUGAUUGUGUAAUUUCUUCAUGCAACAAGUCUGUAAAAAAAAAAAAGGAAAAAAAAUUAGCUUUAUUGGUUGUGCAUUUCAGAGCACUAGAUCUGUAGUACAGUAUUAUUUUGUGCAACAUGUCAAACAGACCUUAGGCAAACUCCUUCCCACACAGUCUUAUUAUACUAGCAUGCUUCCCAGUGAAUAUUGAAUAUUGGUUGUAUCCAUACAAGGAAUACACAGAAUCAGCGUCAUACUGGUUUUGAGCUCAUGGUACUCACACUGGAAAUUGGUGAACAUUUUGUGUGUGUGUGUGUGUGUGUGUGUGUGUGUGUGUGUGUGUGUUUUCCAAUGUUUCUCAACUAAAAGUAUUUAGAGCCUCACUUUAAAAAGAAAACUUUCCAGUCUGCUGUUAAUUUCAAUUAUUCACAUAAAACUAAGAGAUUUACCUUAAUUUUUAUGAGGAUUACAAUACAGAAUCUGAUGUAUUUUUGCAUCUUAUCUUCAUACAGUGGAUAUAUUAUGAAAUUAAUUAAAUUACAAUGGUGCAUUCAAUGGUUUUUGUCAGAAUUAUAGACUUUUCAGGCUGGUAUUGUGCAUUGUGCAGUGUGCAGUGUCCAGUGUGAAAUUGAACUAAUGUCAGUUACGCAAGGAGGCAUGUUGGAACAUUUACUAGAAUUGUAGUCAUCAUAAUGUCAACUGUGUCAGUGUGCAUAAGGAAACGCCUGUCUUUAACUUCAUUCAUAUUUCUUCUACAGUUCAUUUUGAUAUGCAGUCCAAAAGCAUCAUAUUGUGAUCCCUUUCAACAGGCAAAGAUUCAGUUAUAUAU